UUGGCAAUGGUGAGAUAGAGGAGUAAUAAAUGGAGAAAGAGGAAAAGAAAGUCGGGGCAUCGGGGAUGCUCUGGAUGGAGGAAAAGGGAAAAGAGAAAAAUGACGCAACGAUCGAAUCAGACGCUCUGUAUUGGCCCGCCGUUCCGAUCGACAAGAAUACGGCGGGGCGUAAACAAGUCAUUACCAUAUUCAUAUUCGAGCAACCAAAGUCUUCUAGGCCAUGCAUGGAGCUUAUGGAACGAGGAGAAAAGCAUAGAAUUAGCCGAUGAAAGAAUGGAAGGAUCGUUCAACUCAGAUGAAGUGCUCAAGUGCAUCAGAGUUGGACUCCUGUGUGUGCAAGAGAACCCAGAUGACCGUCCACUGAUGUCUCAAGUGCUUCUGAUGUUAGCUAGUCCUGAUGCUGCCUCAUUGCCAACUCCUAAGCAGCCUGGCUUUGCAGCUAGGAGAGUUCUUAUGGAAACAGACACAUCAUCAACCAAGCCAGACUGCAGCAUAUUUGACAGUGCAACAAUUACCAUGCUUGAAGGUCGAUAGUAGUUAAGUAUUGACAAAUAUCAUGAUAAUUAAACUACUAGGUGAAUGUGUAUUACAGAGUAGGUGUUUUCUUCUGUAUUGUAGUAUUAUGUGAUUGAGCAACAGAAAAUUGUAUAAUUAUUAAUAAGUGGUUGUUAGAAGGAGACCUGAAUA